UGCCCGGGAUCGUGAUGGCGGCGGCGCCGCUCUCCCCCGGGCUGUGACUAGAGAGCCCAGGCCGAGCGCGGCCGGCUGCGUGGGUCACCGCGACCCUCCACGUGUAGUGUGGGUCCUUAGACAACUGGAGAUUGCUGGUGACCAGAGGAUGCUCACCUCGCGUCCCCCAGUCCGCACAAUCUGCGCUCUCGAGGGCUCAGGCGGCGAAUGCGAGCUGCUGAAGCAGCUUCGGGGCGAGACAGUGCUGAGCAGGGCUGGGGACAGAAGAGUGUGAGGUCAAGCAUGGCUAAAAGCUUACGGAGUAAGUGGAAAAGAAAGAUGCGUGCUGAGAAGAGAAAGAAAAAUGCCCCAAGGGAGCUCAACAGACUGAAAAGUAUUCUCAAAGUUGACGGGGAUGCUUUAAUGAAAGAUGUUGAAGAAAUAGCAACUGUGGUGGUACCCAAACAGUGCCAGGAGAAAAUGCAGUGCGUGGUGGAGGGUGAAAAGGAUGACAUGAAAAUGGAGACUGAAAUUAAGAGAAACAGAAAGACUCUUCUAGACGAACAUGGACAGUACCCAGUGUGGAUGAACCAGAGGCAGAGGAAAAGACUGAAGGCAAAGAGAGAGAAAAAACGGGGGAAAAGUAGAGCCAAGGCAGCCAAGGGCCUGGCCUGGUAGACCUUACAAACUGGAAAGAAGCUGGCUGGGCAGUGGUGGCACACGCCUUUAAUCCCAGCACUUGGAAGGCAGAGGCUGGCGGAUCUCUGUGAGUUUGAGGCCAGCCUGGUCUAAAAAGCAGAUGCCAGGACCGUUACACAGAGAGAAUCCCUGUCUUGAAAAACCGCAAAAAACAAACGAACUGGAAAGUAUUCAUGGGACAGAAGUUCAGUUGUUAGGAUUGUCUUCAGCUCUCUCUGAAUGGAAGUUCUUUGUUUAAAUACUUUAGUUUCAUCUUACACCUGUACUUCCAAACCAGAAUAAUUCAUUCGUUUUGGAAUUUGAAUAAACUAUUUUCUGUGAUAAAAGAAAA